AUGACCGGCGAACGAGAGAUCCGAUCAAACUAUGACUACGCGCACUCUGUCUUCCCGCUUUCGCGGUGGCGCCACUCGGUGGGCGCUUUCGAGAUAUCCGAUGGCCCGUUGCCAAACUAUCCCUCGCCGCCAUCCAAUACCAGUGCCGGGGGGAAUGAGCGGGCUUACGUGCACUGGAACUGGAGAGUCGACUGGAGAGCCAACACUACGGGCGUCGUGAGCACAGGAACAUACGACGACGUUUUUGAGAAGAGAAAUGGAGAAUGGAAGGUUCUGGCCAAGGUGAGCCGGGAUGAUGCCAACUGGCCGCUUUACUUGUUUGAGCCGUACGUUGUUAGUCAGGCGGAAACAUAUCAGAGCAGCUGUGGCGACACAAGUCUUUGA